AUGAAGAAAGGUCAGCAAAGUGGAAAAACAGGUCGCGCAGAUAGAACGCAAUAUCCUAUGUGGUCGGUUACGAGAUGUGAACGAACUGAAGUUCCACCGCUGCGAGACGGUGAUAAUACAACACAGCCAUAUAGAUCAAGAACCGUUACCACAACAGAAUGUGUACGAAUCGUUCAGAUCCCAAUCGAUAUUGGCGAAACAAAUUUCUCAGUUGAGCCUAUUCCAGACAAAACAGAACGGAAAAUAUCAUCAAAAACAAUAAUGCAUGGUGUGCCAGUUGUAAGUGGCUUAACUGCUGAAGGUGGAUUACUUUGCAACGGAAUACAAACCACCCCGGAAAUGACGGAAACAACCACGCUAAUUACAACAACUACAACCGCUUAUAACGUUUUGGAAAUAGACAAUGAAGCACCAGAUAUCAAAACACCUGAUUCUGCAAUAAUCCUAAACACUCCAUGUGAUCAGGAAUAUCAGGAAAGACAGAAACAGAACAAGCGUUAUGUUAUAAUUGAUAAAAAGCCUUCACCAACCAGUACAGGUCAAAUACCGGGUCAUGUCGUAAAAUUGAUCGAUAUAGUUAUGCCAGGCGAAACAGGAGGAGAAAAGCAAGAACAUCUCGAAAAAAUUACCAAGAUAUAUGAUGAAAACAAUGCAUGUGAAGGAACAAUUGCAUCUAUUAGCAAAACGUAUGAAAUCCAGAAUGAACCUAUCGAAAGAUACGUUCGCACAUAUCAUAACCGAUAUUUUCGUGAAGAAAAAGAAAAGGCAGAAACAUUGGAAAGGAGAAAAAUCGAACAACAAACGGUGUAUUCGAACCAUAACACUAACGAGGUACGAUUAUACGAUGAUCAGAUGUUGCCGGAGAGAAUAAGGCUGCCUCUCCAACAAUAUUUCGAAAAUAAUGUUUCUCACGGUUCAUUAACAAGAACAUCGCACUACACAAUAAACAAGAUACAACAAAAGAAGGAAUCAAAAAGAAAAAACACGAACAAAAAAGGAAUAAACGAAGCCGACAUAUUAACAGCAGCAAUACAAGGUCCAAAAAUCAUGGGAAAUAUGAAAUUCGGCGAUGCUCAUAUGGAUUAUCCGGUAUCAUCUGCGUAUGAGGGUCCAUUAGAUGAGACGGAUCGUAUUCGUGAUAUUGAAGGGGAACCACUCGAACAACAUGUUACA